CGUUGUGUGUUCGGUGACAGCUGUGCACACUGCCACGCCCACUGAUUCGUCCCCAACCACCCUUGGCCCCCACUGCGAACGGGCCAGCCCACUUUGGUGGAGCGCCAGGGCCCCAAAAUUAUGUGGAGAACUGUCUACCGGGAACUUGGCCGUUUCUCUCGAAUGACGAUGGUGUCAUUUUCGGCACCAAAACACCCCGAGAGCUUGAUCCCCUGCAACGCGCAUCUCAACAACGCGUCUCAACAAAACGAAAAGGGGAUGCUCCUAUAACAUCCACGAUCCCCUCGAUAUAUUCCGACCGAAGAUAGCAAGCAAGCGAGCAACCGAUCUGACUCCGCGCAACACGUCCGAAUCAGCGCGCAAGCUCGAGCACAACCGCAACAAUGGACACAACAAUAGAGCUCGUAACCACGACCGCCGUGGCGGCUGCAACGACAGCGACAGCAGCAUCCAACACGUCCUCCACGGAGCACAUCAAAGAACUGAUCAAAGACCUCCUCAUCGCCUCCCUCCAACCCAACAAGACCGUCAUCAUCACCGGUCUCCUGAUCGUCUUGCUCUUCCCCAUCCUCCUCCACCAAUUCCUCCACGGCGACGAGUCCGGCUCUUCCUCCAAGAACUCCUCUCUUCCCUCGAUCCUACUCGCCGGUCCCUCCGGCGCCGGCAAGACCGCUCUCCUCACUCUCUUCGAGAAGCGCGCCGGCCGCAAGACCUCUACAUCAACCGAGACCGAUGAGAAGAAAUCGACCGAGCCCGCGGCAACACACACCUCCCAAACGCCCGUCUCCGUCCAACUCAACGCCGCCUCCUCAGAGGAAGACAAAGUCAAGAAAUUUCUGUUGAUCGACACCCCCGGCCAUCCCAAACUCCGCUCGACCGCGCUCUCCCACCUCCUCCCCCUCGACCCCAAAACCGGCCGCCCCCUGCCCCCCUCCAAGACCAGCCAAAUCAAGGGGGUCCUCUUCCUCCUCGACGCCUCGACCCUCUCCCCUUCCUCGCCCGACUCCUCCCUGUCGCAAGCCGCCACUUAUCUGUACGACCUGUUGCUGGCGCUCCAACACCGGUACUCGCGCUAUACUAAGGGGUCUAAACACCCGCCCUCCAUUCCGGUGUUGAUUGCGGCGAAUAAGCUUGACCUUUUUACGGCGUUGCCGGCUAGUUUGGUGAAGAAGGAGUUGGAGGCUGAACUGGGGAGGAUUAGAGUUAGUAGGAGCAAGGGACUUUUGGAUUCGGGGGUGAGGGAGGAUGAUUUGGGGGCGGGGGAGAAGGAGGAGGGGGAUGAUUGGUUGGGGGAGUAUGGGAGUGAGAGGUUUGAGUUUAGGCAGAUGGUGGAGUUUGAUAUUGAGGUUGAGGUGGUGGGGGGCAGCGUGGUGGGAGGGGAGGGGCCGGGGUGCGAGGGGUGGUGGAGAUGGGUUGUUGAGAGGGUGUAGGUGAUGGAUAUCGUGAUGGGUAUGAUGGUCAGGAUGGACGAAGGAAUAUGUAGAUAGAUAAUAGGAUGGGUAUGGUAUGAUAUGGAUGGGUAGGAUGGUGUGGCGGACCGGAAAGGGGUCACGAACUGUAUGCAUACGAGUAACCGAUUAAUAUCAUUUGAAUGGAAUCAUGAAGA